AUUGUGAAGUCUAUAGGUGCAUCAUAUUGUUUAAAACACAAAGCAUUGUGAUACUCAAUAACGAAAAGGAUUUUUGCUGACACAUUGAAUAUGACGACAUGAAUACCAUCAAAGGCUAAAAAUUCAUCACAGGAAACGUACCUAAACCACUGCGGAUGACGAACAGACCUCUCUAUAUAAACUGCACUUACCACUGCAAAUGUAGGACAGCUAGACAUAGGACUGACAGAAGACAUCUGAAAAGAUAAAGUCAAAACCUUGAGACAAAUGAAUGCAACAAUGUCAUCAGCGUUAAACAUCCAGUUCCUCGUGGUGGCUUGUAUGAUGGGGCUCGUUUUAAUAUCAUUUGGAGCUGAGGGGGCACCUUCGAAACAUCUUCAGAAGAAAGGAAGCGGCCAGCACAGGUCAUCAGAUGAAUCGGAUCCAUCCUCGUCAUACCGGUUGAUCUUGGAUUCUGAGUUCAAAGCGGCCAAACCGAUCCGUUCGUUAAACAACGACUCCAUCUCUCCAUGGACCUACACGUUUACGCAUGACGAGAACCUGUACCCUUCUAGCAUCGCAGAGGCGAAGUGUUCGCUGACUGGAUGUUUGAUCGAUGAGAGUGAGGAUUACCUGUCCCAACCUAUUUACACCCAAAUCAUGGUCUUGAGGAGAAUUCGAGGAGAAAAGCACAACUAUUCCUUUAGAAUUGAGUACAAAACCAUCGCAGUGGGAUGCACCUGCAUUCGUCCAUAUGUAGAACACGUUUAAAUGAGAAAUCUAAUGGAGUUACAGAUGUUACAGUAUUACUAUUCUAAAACUUAAGGCGUAAGACUUAAGACUUUAUAAUUUAUUUAAAUAAUCACAUAUGUACGUGUUCACAAAUGUAGGAUAUUUAUUUAUUUUAACUGUAUUUUUGGUUUUAUAUAUUUGAGUUUUUUUUUUUUUUUUUUUUUGCUUUAUUUUAAUAUUAAAACAUUUCUGAAGAACCAGAAGAAUCGGAUUCAUCAUCGCCACACUGGCUGUUCAAACCUUCAUCCGACUUGAUCUGUCAAAUAAUCUAAUUUAUUAAUGUCAUUAUAUAUGUGUUUGUAAAUGUAGGUUGUUUAUUUAUUUUCACUGGGUUUUGUUUUAUUAAAAUCAUUUGUAUUAAU